GGGUCUGUGCGGUGAUAGGACCCGCCGGCAGCGCCCAGCGUUGUUUACCGUUUCGGGGCCCGUGUGCAGGGCAGGCGGGGGCGGGGGUUUUGCGCUCGCUCUCACGCCUCCGCCGGGAUAAAUAGGAGGCAGCGACAGCCCCGCUCCAAACCUCACCUCUCUCCUGAGCCUUCCCGUGACUGAGCAGCUGCCGCCGCAACCCAGUGAGCGAUGGAUCCCCAGGACUGUCCUUGUGCUACCGGUGGCUCGUGUACCUGUGCUGGCUCCUGCAAAUGCAAAAACUGCAGCUGCACCUCUUGCCAAAAGAGCUGCUGCUCCUGUUGCCCACCUGGAUGCAAUAAUUGUGCCAAGGGCUGUGUCUGCAAAGAGCCAGCAUCCAAUAAAUGCAGCUGCUGUCACUGAAAUGGACCUCUUCUGUGCUCUUGGGAAUAUUUGUAUGCAACAGAGUGUUGUUCCUACAGUGGUGAUUGUUGUACAACUAUGAGUGUGGGGAAUGAAAAUAAAGGCUUUCCUUGAGAAA